UUGUUCUUUGUUGUGCAUACAAGUCGUUCAUCAUUUCUAGAAGAUCAAGAUAUCUCGGAUCUCGCUACUGUAUGGCAAUGUAAUGGCGGCCGCGAUUUCACCAAUUUCUGGGCAUCAGCUGGAAUUCCCGAGGACAUGUUGGAGAAGUUCGCACCACAUGUUGUGGGAAAGAAGGUGGACUCCGACGGCGAUCUAUUCACCGGAUUAGAAAGAGAGUUUGAUGUGAAAGACCCCUUGUCGUGGAGAAUCAACCAGGUUUCGACGAUAGUGAGGAAUUUGUCGUUCGAGCCUAUCAACAGAGUUACAAUGGCUCAGUGUUGGCCACUAUUUAGGUUCCUGUUUCUUUGUGCCAGUAGCAAGUGGGCACCUCUGUAUACCGCGGCUAUGGAUACCUUGAGCAACUUGGCUUGCGAUGUUGAUCUGACUUGGCAUAAAAUGGUGCAUUGUUCUGAUCAUGCUCUGCUCCGAAUCGUGAAAGAGGGAAUUUUUAGCAACGACAAGUUCAAGUUGAUACGCUCUUUGGAGAUACUCACGGCACUCAGCAGUUUCGAAGGGAAUGAGUCGACAAUAUGCGAUUUUUUGGAUAGCAAAAUGUUUGAACACAUAUUCAAUGUCGUCUGUAUAAAAGACAUAAUGAUGUGUGUCUACACCUUAGAGUGUCUCUAUCAGGUGAGAAUCUUUCAGGGUAAUUUUUGCCUAACGUGGUUGGAAGGGGGCAGCGCGACUGUGCCUUGUGCGACUUGA